AUGUCAAUAACUUGCAAGUGGAAGCCUAUUGCUUUGAUGAUUCUUGUCAACUUUGCUCUGGCUCUUGUAAAUUUGCUUCUGAAGAAAGUUCUUAGUGAAGGACUGAGCUUCUUGACCAUCAUAACAUAUCGACAGUUAAUUUCAGCCUUUUUCUUGUCACCUAUUGCAUUUUUCUAUGAGAGGAAAAGCAAGCUUGAUGUUCACAUAUUAUGCCUGCUUUUCCUCAGCGCUCUUGUUGGAGUAACUUUCACUCAGUACCUAUUUCUUCUUGGACUUGGGUACACGUCAGCCACCUUUUCAUGUGCAUUCCUCAACAUGGUUCCCGCAUUUACCUUCAUCAUGGCUCUGCCUUUUGGAAUAGAAAAGGUGAUUUGGAAAAGCAUGAGUGGAAAAGCCGAAGUGUUGGGCUCACUUAUAUGCAUUGGCGGGGCUUUAUUACUUGGCCUUUAUAAAGGAUUUCCCUUAACCAUAAUGAACCGCACUAAACCCCGAGCCUCAUUAUCUCUACCUCCGCCGCCACCACCUUCUUCUUCUUCGGAAUGGGCAUUAGGUUCGGUGCUUCUCACAGGAGGCUGCCUCUUGUGGGCCUCAUGGUUCCUUAUUCAAGCCAGAAUUGGCAAAAGAUACCCAUUUCAGUAUUCAAGUAUAACCAUUUUGUCAUUGUUUGGAGCCAUCCAAUCAGCUGUCUUAAACUUGAUCAUCAACAGGAAUAAUUAUGCCACCAUCUGGUUGCUCCAUGGGAAGUUGCAGAUUGUGACGGUCGUUUACGCUGGAUUGGUGGGGUCAGGGUUGUGCUACGUGGCAAUGUCAUGGUGCGUGAAAGCAAGAGGCCCAGUUUUUACAGCAGCAUUCACACCCCUCAUACAGAUAUUUGUGGCCAUUCUUGACCUCUCUAUCUUGCACGAGCAAAUUUACCUUGGAAGUGCUGCAGGAUCGGUCUUGGUUAUUGUUGGCGUGUAUAUUCUUCUGUGGGGUAAAGGCAAAGAAGCCGAAAAGCAGUAUUUCGCCAGCAACGAGCAAGCAAAUCAACAAGAUGGGGAAUGCCAAUAG